AUGGGUCUCCCGAUAUGGCGCAAUCCUGAAGAGACGAAGCCGACAGUCAAGGACGCGCUGAAGGUUGAUCCGACAGCAGCAGGACGCUCUUCCAUCCGCAGACAGGCUUCCAUCCAUGGUGGCCGCAAUGCGCGACCGCGAACUCGUCUGACUCGCGAUCGUACAGUCCGCCUUCCACGCCGAGCCCGCUCUCCGCCACCUCCGGCAGGCUAUAGCCAUGUACGCGAUACGCCUCGCAGUAGCAUCAGGAAUGGCGUGCCUCCCAUCUCGACGUUGUUGGAGUCUGCAGACAUACAUCGCACAGCCCUGCCUCCUCCACCUCCACCUCCCGUACCUGAGUCACGAAAUUACUAUGAGCAGCUUGAAGAGGCUGCAGAUGGCAGGGGCGAUGCUACGAGUAGUCUGGUGGCAUUGCGGGAUACGGCAGCGAGGCUUGAGAGGCAGACAGAAUAUAUGCGACAGCGACUGCAGCAGCGCAUGCAAAGGUCUCGUGAGCCGGAUGGGCCUCUUGCUGCACGUGAUCAGGCAUCACGAGAGCCUCCACAGCCAGACCUUGGACCACGGGCUCGCGCGGACCGACCUAUUGUUGACGGACCACUGGAUCGUGUAACAAUAAACACCCCACCACGGACUGGAUCUGAUGUGGAAGACGAUAGUCUCUUCCUUCCGCCGACACGGUCCACUCGUCGAUCACAUCCACUACGCAACUCCUGGAGUCCCGACUCGCCUCCUGCAGUAGAUGGCCUUGGCGACCGCAAUCGCAGUCCCACGCCACCAGAUGGUUGGGAGAUCAUGCGCUCGACCAUCACCCCUGACGCCACUCUACCAAGUGCCGAAAGCAGCUUCACGAGCGCAGCCGCUAGUCAGUCGUUCGCCUCAGCAGCAGACACUACCAUCACCGAACCUGAAGUCGCCUCCUCGUCUACCACUCACAGUCGCCGCAAUUCGAGUGGUGUUGACGAUGAAAGCGAUUCGGUAUCAUCCGUUGAUCCAGAAGAUAUGUGUGACGACGAUGAUCAGAUGACGGGAGCAGAGGCUAUGGCGGAAUUCAUGUACAAUCACGAAAUGCACAGUCACGAAGGCAGGGGACGUGUUGUGCACCACUCCGAACAACGAUUACGAGAGGGUAAUCGAUUUGCACUUGCUCACGAGUCUGCAAUGAUCGAUAUCGGCUUCCGUCUGAUCGAGGAAGCUCUUGAGACAGAAGAAGGCCGUGCUCGUCUUGUGCAGGUCGGCGUGCUAGCUCAAUGCGAAGACUCGGACGAUGAAAACAGUACAGUACGAACCCAACGUCAGCUACGCUCGCGCACCAAUCGCCUCUCACGCCGACAAUCGGAAGCGCAUCUCACAGUCUUAGAUGGCCCUCCCAGUCCCCAACCAGAUCGCUAUGGCGAAGCAGCCCUAGCUGCCUCACGUGAAGCCCGACGCUCGACCCGCGAAUACUUCCUACGUUAUACCAACGGCUUCACGGGAGCCCGCCGUCCCACACCACCACCUGACUACGAAGCCCUGACUUCGCAUCGGGAUGUCGAGAUCUUCACUUCACGGGAUGAACCAAUACCGCAGCCAGUCAGCCCCCCAACGCAGCGAGGUCAGACUGAAGUCGCGGACGCGAUGUUAAGUGGCGAUGAGACGGACCUGGCCGCUAUGCGACGUGUCGUGGAAAGGUUGGCGAGGAGAGAUGAUGUUCCCGAGGAGUGGUGGAGCAGUAUUGGCUUGAACCUCUCGCGCUCGAGGCCGAGAAGUCGUAGUCCUGCGAGAGCUGAGCGGGGGACUGACGCUGCUGGGCAGAGGGUCAGAGGUGGGAGGAUCGAGAGGAGGAACUCGAGGUUGUGA